AUGUUGGCCAGGGGAGCCCAAAGGAAGAAGGUCAGCUCCUCUGAAGGGGUGGAGUCAGGGGAGCCCAGGGGAGCCCGGAGGUUGUCAGCUAAACCUACAGUGGAAACAAAGCCAAAAGGGCAAGAAAGUAUAAAUCUUUGGAUGAAAAAGUGCACAAAGGGGAAAAGGGGAACCAAGGGAAAAGCUUACCAGGAAACUAAAGACAGUUUUCUAGAAAACAGAGAAACUUAGAAUGAGGACGGUCCAGUCUCUGAUGAAGCAGGAGAGAAAGAAGCCAAGUUUGAUUAG